GAGUUUGAGCGCGGUUUCUAAUGUCUGUAGGUCACUACUGGAGCUAAUGAACUUUCGCUGGUGCGACAAUAUUGGUUAAAACAGCAAUGACGAGAUCAGAAGUUUCGCAUGACAUAGGUCACUUAGCGUUUGAGGAAGAUUACAAUUCUGUUGGUGUACCACCAUCGGGAUAUCGUCGUGGUGUUAAUAAAGAUGAUCAAGGCCACUCACCCCACCCCUCUUUGGGAUCGUUUGGUUAAUUUCUCCUCAGCAUACUGAUUUCAAGUGCGCAAUUAUAUCAAGUUUCCAGUUGACCAACUCAGUUAUUAUUAUUUGUCCCUCGGGUUCCUAGUGGAACAUAGGGCUUCAGUAGCACGCCUCCAUUGCACUCUGUUCUCUGCAGUCUUUUGAACCUGUCUCCACAACUGCCCAAAAGCUUUCAUUUCUUCCUUACAUGAUUUCCUCCAUGUCACCCUCGGAUGCCCAACUCGUCGUUUUCCAUUUGGAUUCCACUCGAGUGCCUGGCGCGUGAUGUCUCUGAAUGGCUUUCUCUGUUAAGUGUACUGUUUUUAUUGAUAAACUCAGGAUCAGUCUUGUGCAACAUAUCUUAGUCUAGAUGAAUGUUGCAAUAAAUUUUUAUGAAUAACACCUAAAGGUGAAGAAGUUCGCUGUUCAUUAGAUGAAUUGGAUGCUGUAAUCGCUACAUAUGAUGAUUAUGAUGAUUCUAGACGACAUUUAUUAACCUUUCCUUCUACUGUUACUACAUCGAGAGAAUACACAAAUUGUUCAACUUUUAUUCAUUCAUCAUCAGCAACAGCAGCGUCAGUCUCAUCAUCGUUAUUAUUUUCUAAUAGACUUUCUACACUUCAUACAAAUGAUGAAUUAUCAUCUUUUAUAAGUCAACCAUCUCAGUCAACAGCAACAACAAUAGGAGCCACAAAAAUCAUACACUUAGAGUCAUCUAGUACAAAUAAUAAUAAUAAUGAUAAUAGUCGCAGUUUCGAUCGUGUAUAUGAGAUGAGAAAACUGCCUACUGAUCAAAUACAUGUGAAUAAUGCACCAAUUGAACUAAAUUCAUCAUUACCAUCAUCUUGCACUCUAACAAAAUACUCGAAUAAAACUGACUCCUCACCUCCAUUACCGCCUCCACCUGAUCUGUGUGCUUCAGAAAAUUUCCCACUUCCACCACCACCACCACUACCACCGUCAUCAUCAUCAUCAAAUUGUUCUCCAUCGUUUACACCAGCAGCUCAGUUAAAGUUCCCUUUCAAUGGACAUUCAGAUAUACAAGUUUCUAACGCUAGACAUGAACUAGAAGCAAGUAUCGACUCGUCAUUUACAAGCAGACGUUAUUCACAACCUCCUAAUAUAUCAGCACCUAAAUCAUCAUCAUCAUCAUCCAGACCAUUAAUUCCACAAAGAGCUCCAUCUACUCGACUGACAAGUGUCUCAAACUGGUCUAAACAGGAUUCGGACACACCUAUUGUUGAGACUGUAAAAUACCCUAAUGCAUCUUUUGGAAAUAACGAAGCAAGUAAUCUGAAGACAGAAUAUUGUAAAUCAGAUGUUUUCACUUCUAUGGAGUCAUCAGUGAAGGCAGAAGAAAAUGACUCAAUUGAGCGUACCACAUUACCUGUACAAGAUAUAAUACGUAAAUUUGGUAAUCUACUUGUCAGUAAUGCGAAAGUAUCAAAUCAAUGCAACACAUCUACUUAUUCACCGCAUACAAUAUCAUCUACAAUACGACCGUGUUCAACAAAUGACUAUCUACACAACACUCCUAGUAAUCAUAUUCCUCAGACCGAUAAAACUGCAAAACCAUCGAUUAUACAUAAAUAUAGUCAACCAGCAUUUCAUGUCAACUCACAUUACAGUUCUUCUUCUACUCCUUCUAUUGAUAAUGGUAAUUCAUCUAAUAAAUUAGGACAUUUUACAGGUGUAGCUACGCCGAUUGUCUUAGCUUCACAGAAUUAUUCAAUACAAGAAUCAACACAAACACACACAUCAUCAAUGAUACAUUCAAAUCAAAAUAGUAAUUUUUCUCCUGAGGCUAAUCGAUUUGGACAGAUGAAUAAUCCAUCACCUCUAUUCACCUUUUCUCCCUCUCUCCCUUCUAAUCCAAUGUGUACCAACCGGAAAAUUGGAAAUGAUAUUGCAUAUUCUACAUCAUCAACUUGUUCAUUUGUUUCACAAACAUCACUAAGUCCUGUUAAUAAUACUUCAACAUUUCUUACUUCUGGAAACAUGUCGAAUGGACUGUCAAAAACUCAUGUUAGUGCCAAUACUACUACUACUACUACUACUAACUAUAAUAAUAACAAUAAUAAUGCACACUCUACUAAUGGUGGUAAGGAUUCUACGCACAGUCAAAUCCAUCGCCAUCAACAACAACAGCUUGAUUCACAUGUAGUUCAUCAACUUAGUGGUACUUUGUUACAACGUCGAUUAUCAUCUGAUUCUUCAUCUGAUACCUCCAUGAUUCAUGUACAGUCGAUGAAUUUGGAUUCAAAUACAUUAGCUGUAUUCAAUCAAUUCAAUAUUGUUGAUGCCACCCAAAUCCCUGGUUAUCAUCCUAUUCCACUUGGUUUACCAGAUUGGAAAACACAUCGAUUAGAAAGAAAGAAUCGUGAUGCAGCUAAUGUGUAUGCAGAAGAAUUAAAGAAAUGGGGUCUUAUACCAAGUUGGAAACGUGAACUGAUUGAAAAGAAACAACUGAAUAAAAUGGAUAAUCAUCAUACUUCCUCAAAUCACCAUUAUCAGUAUAUGGAUUCUCAGGGUAGUAGCAGUGUUAACCAGUCAUUAGCUACAGCGGAAUUAGCUGAGAAGUUACAACGUCGUCUGGAUAAAGUUUCACAGGGAACAAUUGAAUCGUAACACAAGUCAAUCGGCCAUCUCAAGAUACAUGUACACAUAUCUAUCUAUCUAUCAUGGACUACAGGGAUAUAGUAUUGAGGAGAUAGUAUGAGUCAUCUUGUCUCGCUUUUUAAAUUACCCUUUUCCGCUGUUUUGUAUGAGCUUAUGAUUUCAUUUAUAUACUCUUUUUAUUGCCUGUAUUAUUAUUAUUAUUAUUAUUACUAUCCAACAGUUGGUCAGUGUCACUGAGCGUCUAUGUACUAAAUUUGUAAUAAUUGACUGACGACAGUGUAGGUUUUCAUUCUCUUCUCUUUGAUACCUUUUAUUGAACUUACAAAUUCAGGUAUAUUUUAUAUUGGAAGUUUGUUUAUUAUUCCUUCAGUUAUCAGCGUGAAUAUGUACACCCACACAGCAUUAACGUUACUCUCUUACGCUUUUAAUUCUUCUAUUAUUUUUUGUAUGGAUCUAGUACAAGACCUUUAGGCCUGUGUUUUUACUCGAAUGACUUUCGAGGUCCGACUGGAAAGAAUGGACUAGGGACCACCGGUAGGACUUCACAGAUAAGUACAACAAAAGAGCAAGCCUAACGACCUAGUGCUGGACCCGUACAAAAAGUCUCCCUUAUUACCAUCAUUUUUCUUCUUUGUUUAUCCGAUGUCGUUGAACAGAAGGACUUGUUUUUUCUUGUUUAUUUCAUCAAACAUUGCAUAAAACAAAACAAAUCCAAUCGGUCAUCUUCGAUUAAGCAUAACAGUUCUAUUCUGCAAAAAGAACUGAUUAUAUUCUAUGCUGUACUGUGUUUUUCCCUCUGCAUUCGCGAUAUAUCGCUUGCUAUACUGCGUCUGAUGCUAUUAUCAUCGCUUCUCGACGUUAUUUACUUUUGUUCUUUCAUUUUUUUUUCUCAAGGCGAAACAAGCAGCUCUCAUUAGCCCUAGCCUGUGUGUGAUGAGGUGGGGGAACAACACAACGACAGUAUCCAUAGCAGAAUUCUUGUUUGUUUUUGAAAUGUUUAUUAUGUUAUUGUUGAGAAAGACAGUUGGAAAUGACACAAAUAAUAACACUGAUUUUACUGUUAAUAUACUUUGAUCAUUGUUGCUGUUUUUAAUCAGUUUUUAUGAAAUCGAUGUUUUGUUAUAAUUUCAUUAAUUAUAAUGGAUGACGUUUU